AUGAGUUCAGCGAUUUUGUCCGCCGACGACCUGAACGACUUUAUUUCUCCUGGCGUCGCCUGUAUUAAGCCUGUUGAGACACUACCGAAGGCCGACGACUCCAAUCCUUAUGAAGUAACGACCGAAGACAAAGCCCAGACGCAAAACCCAGCGCCAGCAUCGAUAUCGUUAACAGACUGUCUGGCGUGCUCAGGAUGUGUUACAUCUGCUGAGGCUGUUCUUGUGUCGUUGCAGUCGCAUACCGAGGUUCUGAAUACGCUCGAUACUCAUUCCUCAAUCAAUGUUGAAUCUCUGCUUUCACAACCAGGCUACUCUCUUCCUCCCGACGCGAAACUGUUUGUGGCAAGCGUCAGCCCUCAAGUGCGAGCCAGUGUCGCAGCCACUUUUGACAUAUCGGAAAGAAGAGCAGGACAUCUAAUAGAACACUUUCUCAGCGGGUCACAAGGCUUACGGUUAGGAGGAAGGCACAAUUCCAGCUUCUGCUAUGUUUUCGAUACCAACCGUAUGCGCGAGGCCUGCCUAGUGCUGGGUGCGGAUGAAGUGGCAGCAUCGCUCACGAAGGAAACCAGUCCUAAACCAGUCAUAACUUCAGCUUGUCCAGGCUGGGUCUGUUACGCUGAGAAAACCCACCCUCACGUCCUUCCACAUCUCUCAGCUCUCAAAUCACCGCAGGCUCUAUCGGGCACUCUUUUGAAAUCAGUCUUGAGCAAGACGCUGAACAUUCACCCAUCACAGAUAUGGCAUCUAGCGCUUAUGCCUUGCUUCGACAAGAAGCUCGAAGCGAGUAGAGAAGAACUUACUGAUAAGUGGUGGCGAGAUUCACAGUCCGAGGACUUUACUGAUACUCCUAUCCGCGACGUUGACUGUGUAAUAACCUCCCGAGAACUCCUCUCCCUGGCAUCUGCCCGCGGUAUUACCUUAUCCUCCCUUCCUACUACCUCAAUUCCUCGAGCCGAACGCCAACCAUUCCCUGACCCGCUACUUUCGCGCUUCCUCCUUCGAAAUUCCCCAUCCGCUCAAAGACCCGAUUCGAGCACGUCAGGGGGCUAUCUUCACCACAUUCUCCUCACUGAACAAGCGCGACAUCCUGGAAGUAGCAUAAAGACCGUGAGGGGAAGAAACAACGAUGUAACGGAUUACACACUUACAUCUCCCAAUGGGCGGGCUAUUCUCAGGUGUGCGCGCUAUUAUGGCUUCAGGAACAUUCAGAACUUAGUAAGAAAGCUAAAACCAGCAAGGCAGUCACGCUUGCCUGGAGCUGCAGUCCGUAAGCCAGGCGGCAAGAGUGCAGGAGACAGCGUUGGAGAGUACGCAUACGUGGAAGUCAUGGCUUGUCCAGGCGGUUGCACGAAUGGUGGUGGACAGAUUAAGGUCGAGGAUGUUGUGGAAAGUGUGCCUGCCACGAACGGCGAGAUUCUACAAGCAGAGAAGAAGACUCCAAAGAACCAGAAAGAGUGGCUGGCCAGGAUAGACGAAGCAUAUUUCUCAAUGGAGAGCGAGGUUUCUGAGAAGGAGGAGGAGGACGAAAAAACCGAGAGUUCACAGCACAAUGGCACAAAUGGAAUCAACGGCCAUACACGUGGAACACCAGCCAACGUGAUUAACGACAUCGACAUAAACGAAGUACAUAAUAUCCUGGCACACUGGUCACAGCUGGUCGAUGUACCACUCAGCAAGCUCUGCUACACAACUUACAGGCGCGUUGACAGCGAUGUGGGCAAGUCGAAGAAAGAGGUCAGCAGAAUGAACGACAGCACGAGGAUUGCGGCGAUUGCAGGUUUGAGUGGUGGCGGAUGGUAA